AUGAAGCUGAGAGCAAAAGGCCUCGGCCUCCUGCUUCUCCUUGUCUUGCUUGCUCUUUGCUCCACCAUUGAGGUCAGCGAGGCGAGAAGAGGCAAGCAUUGGAGGCCAAGGAGCUCACCAGGCUCCACGCAGCUGAAGAAAGGCAAAGGAAAGAAGAGUAGCUCCCACCGGCAAUAUGGUAGCAACCGGCCAAGUCCGAAGCCACCGGUCAGCUCGACACCAAGCCCUGGUGCUGGCAAAGGAAAUCAGAAUCCGUACCAGCAGCCAAGUCCAACUCCGGAUGCCCCUUUCAGCCCAAGUCCAAGCCCUGCCAACAGCAGUAGGCAUCCGAGUCCCAAGCCGCCGACUCCAGGCUGUGGAAAGGGUCAUCAACAGCCAUCGCGGCCACCACUGCCACCACCAGCCUCACAGGGUGCAGUCUUCAACGUGGUUGAUUUUGGAGCCAAGGGUGAUGGAGUCACAGAUGAUACUAAGGCUUUUGAAGGAGCCUGGGCUGCUGCCUGCAAGCAGGGGGCAUCUACAGUUCUCGUACCACGAGAACUAGAGUUCCUUGUUGGGCCAAUCUCGUUCUCUGGGCCUUACUGCAAACCAAACAUUGUCUUCCAGCUGGAAGGAACAAUCCUAGCUCCAACCAGUGCUAGACCUUGGGGUUCUGGCUUGCUCCAGUGGCUUGAGUUCACCAAACUAAAUGGAAUAGUAAUUCAAGGCAAUGGCAUCAUAAAUGGCAGAGGGCAACAAUGGUGGACCUACUCAGACCCAGAGGAUGAGGAUGAUGAUGACACGUACGAUGUGGAGCUCGAGAGAAUGCCGCAGAUUAAACCUACAGCAUUGAGGUUUUAUGGUAGUUUCAACGUCUUAGUAUCUGGCAUCACUAUUGUCAACAGCUCACAGUGCCAUCUUAAGUUUGACAACUGUCAAGGAGUCAUGGUCCACGACGUGACUAUAUCCUCCCCUGAGAACAGUCUCAACACUGACGGAAUACACCUGCAGAACUCCAAAGAUGUCAGCAUUCAUCAUAUGAAUAUGGCUUGCGGUGACGACUGUAUCUCCAUCCAGACAGGAUGCAGCAACAUAAAUAUACACAACGUGAAUUGUGGACCAGGCCAUGGAAUCAGCAUAGGUGGACUGGGACGGGACAACACAAAAGCAUGUGUAUCAAAUGUUACAGUAAGAGAUGUCAACAUGUUCAGAACCAUGAAUGGUGUCAGGAUCAAGACCUGGCAGGGUGGUGUAGGAUUGGUUCAAGACAUAAGGUUCUCAAAUAUACAAGUCUCAGAAGUUCAAACGCCUAUUAUUAUAGAUCAGUUUUAUUGUGACAAAAGCACUUGCAGAAAUCAAACAUCAGCAGUGGCAGUAUCAGGGGUCCAGUAUGAGAACAUCAGAGGGACAUUUACAAUCAAACCUGUCCACUUUGCAUGCAGUGACAGCUUACCUUGUUCAGGGAUCUCUCUUACCGGUGUGCAACUCAGACCAGUGCAAGUACCCCACUACCACCUGAACAACCCAUUCUGCUGGCAAGCUUUUGGGGAGCUCUACACUCCUACUGUACCUCCCAUAGCUUGCUUGCAGAUUGGAAAACCUGCUGGGAACAACUUACAGACAUAUAACGAUAUAUGUUGAGACACUAUAAGUGCCUUCGUCUAUUGAUUGGUGCUUAUCCAUGAGUGGUCGUUGUGAUACAUCCGACCCCUUUGCACCAUUGCUUGGUUAUGU